AUGCCUCUCUCUCCCUCUCACUGUCGUUCGCUCUCCUUCUCACUCCCUCUCUCUGCCGAUCCCUUUCCCUCUCACUCCAUCGCUCUGCCGCUCGCUCUCCCUCCCUCUCUCUGCCGCUCCCUCUCUCUGCCUCUCCUUCUCCGUCUCCGGCCCUCUCCCUCUCCCUCUCCCUCCCUCUCUCUGCCUCUCCCUCUCUCUCUCAAAACCCUAGUCCCCUCUCUCUCUAUCUCCUCGGCCCUCUACUGCAACAUCAGGUAUCUCUCUCUCCGCUCGAUCUACCGCACAUCAAGGAGCAUUCUACUGCAACAUCGGGGUUUUGAUAUAAAACUAAUUAAUGUAAAUCGAACUUGCAAAGUUACAAAGGGAGGACAAGUGGUCAAGUACACUGCCAUGUUAGCUGGUGGCAACUAUCAUGGAGUUGUGGGCUUUGCAAAAGGAAAGGCCCAGCAAUUCCCAUUGCCCUCCAGAAGGUAUCUAUUUGAUGCAUUUGUAGAUAUCAGCUCAAAUUUGAAGUCCUUGUUAAUUGGGAAAUCGAUUAUUUAUGGUUAAUUCUGCAUUGUGGCUCAUCCAUCAGUAAAAGAGUGACUAUUUUACCUCCAUUUGUUGCCAUUCUGAGACGUUGGCAGCCACUUUUGACAUGUAUUCAUGAACUUACUUCUUCAGAUGGUCCGAAUCCCCUCGUUAUUGA